AUGAGGUUGCGACUCAUCCUGCGCAAGUACGUCGAAGCAGGCGGCAACUGCCGAGACAUCGGUGAAGUUCCUCAUGGAGCCGAUCCUGUUGUGGGGCCGCGCAUAGAAGUUGCCCAGGUAAACCUGGACCACGCGGCGUCAGCCUCGGCGGUUAUCGCGAGCAGGUUUACGAUGGAUGGUCUGGGCAUACUACUGAUCCAGGAGCCAUGGGUCAAUAAAGGAGAGGUCAGAGGCCUCAAAAUGGACUCAAAUAAGGUAAUCUGGGAUCUCUCAAGUGAGAGACCUAGAACCUGCAUAGUACUUAGGAACGGUAUUGAUUUUUUCUGUAUUUCAGAGUUCUUAACACAGGACCUGGUCGCUGUACAAGCCAGGAACGACGAAGGAGCGGACUUCGUCGUGGCAGUGGCCUAUUUUCCGGGGGAGACUCCGACAGCACCCCCAGAGGCAGUCGGCAACCUGGUAGAGUACUGCAGGCGGACUAAGCUGCCCCUCAUCAUGGGCUGCGACGCUAAUGCCCACCACACCGAAUGGGGCAGCACGGACUGCAACACACGGGGUGAGUCUCUUAUCGAGUUUAUAGCCAGUAAGAAUUUAAGUAUAGCAAACGUGGGGUGCGAACCCACCUUUGUAACUAGUGUCAGAAGGGAGGUGUUUGACAUUACUCUCAGUAACGAGUCUGAGAUAGGGUUGAUCUCACAAUGGAGGAUUCGUGCUGGCGAUGGGGGUCAAACAACUCCCUCACAAGCGUAUCCCUAG